AAGCGCAGUCUGUCGUUGAGGCUAGCGGGAAGGCAGCGACAUGGCCGGGGUUGGCGCAGUUUCGAGGCUUAUUCGCGGGCGGCGGUUGGCGCUAGCUGGGUCGUGGCCAGCAGCAUUCCACACACAGACCCGUGGCUUUCACUUCACUGUUGGUGAGAACAAGAAGGCAUCUGCUAAAGUUUCAGAUGCGAUUUCUACUCAGUACCCAGUUGUGGAUCAUGAAUUUGAUGCCGUGGUAGUAGGCGCUGGAGGGGCAGGCUUGCGAGCUGCAUUUGGCCUUUCUGAGGCAGGGUUUAAUACUGCUUGCCUUACAAAGCUCUUUCCUACCCGAUCACAUACGAUUGCAGCACAGGGGGGCAUCAAUGCUGCACUGGGGAACAUGGAAGAGGACAACUGGAGAUGGCAUUUCUAUGACACCGUGAAAGGCUCUGACUGGCUGGGGGAUCAGGAUGCCAUCCAUUACAUGACAGAACAAGCUCCUGCCUCCGUGAUUGAGCUAGAAAAUUAUGGUAUGCCAUUUAGCAGAACUGAAGAUGGGAGGAUUUAUCAGCGCGCAUUUGGUGGACAGAGCCUCAAGUUUGGGAAAGGCGGGCAGGCUCAUCGGUGCUGUUGUGUGGCUGAUCGGACAGGCCACUCACUCUUACACACCUUGUAUGGAAGGUCUCUGCGAUAUGACACCAGCUACUUUGUGGAGUAUUUUGCCUUGGAUCUUCUGAUGGAAAAUGGGGAGUGCUGUGGUGUUAUUGCACUCUGCAUAGAAGAUGGAUCCAUACACCGAAUAAAAGCAAAGAACACUGUUAUUGCUACUGGGGGCUAUGGGCGAGCCUACUUCAGCUGCACAUCUGCCCAUACCACCACAGGGGAUGGCAUAGCCAUGGUCACCAGGGCUGGCUUGCCUUGCCAGGACUUAGAGUUUGUUCAGUUCCACCCCACAGGUAUAUAUGGUGCUGGCUGUCUCAUCACAGAAGGGUGUCGUGGAGAGGGCGGUAUUCUCAUCAACAGUCAAGGUGAAAGGUUCAUGGAAAGAUACGCCCCCGUUGCCAAGGACCUGGCCUCCAGGGAUGUCGUAUCCCGAUCCAUGACUCUGGAGAUUCGUGAAGGAAGAGGCUGUGGCCCUGAGAAGGAUCAUGUCUACCUGCAGUUGCACCAUCUGCCCCCUGAGCAGCUGGCCAUGCGUCUGCCUGGAAUCUCAGAGACGGCCAUGAUCUUCGCUGGUGUGGAUGUCACCAAGGAGCCCAUCCCUGUCCUCCCCACUGUGCAUUACAACAUGGGUGGCAUUCCCACUAACUACAAGGGGCAGGUGCUGAAGCACGUGAAUGGCCGGGAUCAGAUUGUGCCUGGCCUGUAUGCCUGUGGGGAGGCUGCCUGCGCCUCGGUGCAUGGUGCCAAUCGACUUGGAGCAAACUCUCUAUUAGAUCUUGUUGUCUUCGGCCGAGCCUGUGCCUUGAGCAUUGCAGAAACUUGCAGGCCAGGAGAUAAAAUUCCUCCAAUUAAGGCAAAUGCUGGAGAAGAGUCGGUCAUGAAUCUUGACAAGUUGCGAUUUGCUGAUGGAAGCAUAAGAACAGCAGAACUGCGCCUCAGGAUGCAGAAGUCGAUGCAGAAUAAUGCUGCAGUGUUCCGUGUGGGAAGCGUAUUGCAAGAAGGCUGUGAGAAAAUCAGCCAGCUAUAUGGAGACCUGAAGCAUCUGAAGACAUUUGACAGGGGAAUAAUCUGGAAUACAGACCUGGUGGAGACCCUGGAGCUACAGAACCUGAUGCUAUGUGCACUGCAGACCAUAUAUGGUGCAGAGGCACGGAAGGAGUCACGGGGUGCUCAUGCCAGGGAAGAUUAUAAAGAGCGGAUUGAUGAGUAUGAUUACUCCAAGCCCAUCCAGGGACAGCAGAAGAGGCCCUUUGAGGAACACUGGAGGAAGCACACCCUCUCAUACGUGGACGUCGGGUCUGGGAAGGUUACUUUGAAUUAUAGACCUGUUAUUGACAAGACCUUGAAUGAGGCUGACUGUGCCACCGUCCCUCCUGCUGUCCGUUCCUACUGAUAAAAUCUGACAGCUACAGGACCAGCUUAUGUGAUUAUGUAUUGUGGCUUACAUAGGUUCUCCUGUCAUACUUGCUAAAUUCUACUCUGUGAAUAAGGAGUCACUUCAUAGGUUAUUGGUCAACAGAUUGCUUGUACUUGAUGUGAGGGACAGCUGCACCAGACUUUGUCCCUUUAUUUUUGUGCGUUAAUAAAACUGGCAUAAUUCUUAAAUAAAAUACAAAUGAACAGUCUUUUAUUUGUAAAUAAAACCAUGUAGUUUUUUUUUUUAUUUUAGACAUAUCUGCAAUAGCAAAUACAAUUUUCUUCCCCUGUCUCACCCCAGCAGUUGUGUUUUCCAAGUAUUAACUUUCUGGUUUAUUCUUUGUACCAUAUACUAAACUAGACUUUGGGGAAUGUUAGGCUGUAAUGGAAAAUAAAAUUGAGAAGUAGGGCAGGCCCUUAAUAAUUAGAAAGUUUGGAUGUGGUAGGUAUAGAGUAUAGAGCCAGUGCCUUGUUUAUGUUCCUGGUGGGCAGAGGUAUACAUGUGUGUUGAUGUAUAUGUAAGGGAACAGUCUGGCCAGCUUUGUCAAGUUGACACAAUCUAGCAUCACCUAGGAAGAGAAUCUCAAUGAAGGAUUGCUGUGAUUAGCUUGGCCUGUGGGAUUGUCUUGAUUAUGUUAAUUGAUAAGGAAUACAGCCCACCAUGGGCACUGCCUUUGCCUAGGCAAGGGAUCCUGGACUGUGUAAGAACAAGCUAAGCACUCACAAUGCAUGCGCUCACUCAUUGUCUUUUCGUAGUGUAUGUAACUAGUUGCUUCAAGUUCCUGCCCUGACCUUCUUGAAAUUAAAGUCUUUAACCAGAAAUUGUAAGCCAAAUAAACCCUUUCUCAAAGUUG